AACCCUUUAAGUCUUCCAACUCGUGCUGCCAGUUGCAGCCCAAAAAAGGAACCUUCAGUUGUAUGGCUGUCAGCCAAGACCAUUCAGUUUAGCUUCUUGUGAUUUUUAUGGAUUUCCUGGGCGAGAGAAACAAAAGGCUGCAUCUGAAAGACGAGCAUGCCACCCAUGUGGGAGGAUGACUGCACUCUUUCCAGCGUGGCCUGAGUUGGAUCACAGCAGGCUGUGAAGGAUCUCCUCCCGUUUGCGAUGCCAGCAAGAGGACCCAUGGGCGGCUUGGUUCCUGCUGCUCCUUCUCCAACCGGCUCCUCCUUUUUUUAAUGCCUCCGUGUAGAACUUUUGCCUUGGCUCUCUCUCCCUCAUGGAAACCACUUUGACGGAUCCUGUGAUGCUUUCCCUUGUAGAGCGGUGGGAGAGACUUUCACACCUUACCCUGGUUCCGAAUUCCUUUUGACGUUGAAUCUCCUGAGUGGUCGGAGCUGGAUGUUGAGGUGGUGGUUGCUUUUCAGUGGGAGUGUUAUGUUUGCCAGGUGUCAGAGCAGUGGAGGACUUUGUUUUCUUGAAGUGGAGGAGUGUAUCUUUUGUGCUGUGUAGUCCUUGUUUCCUUGCGAGAAACGGCCUGGGAGCAAGACUGCUGUAACGUGAUUCCAGUGCCAGCCAAGGAAGAGAGAGAGGAGCGCCUUUUGCUGUUUAGCUGAAUGCUUUGAUAGAUAAUAGCAGACAUGCUUUGUGGGCUGAAAAAGGAUUUGCAGUCUGGUUUUGAUGAUGGACCUUAUUCGAAAGGAAGCAAAGACUCAGGUGGAUUGGAUACUGCGUUGGUCUCAAGAAGACAAAGUAUACCAGAAGAAUUUAGAGGAGUCACGAUUGUGGAGCUAAUCAAAAAGGAAGGAAGCACCCUCGGAUUAACUAUAGCUGGUGGCACUGAUAAAGAUGGGAAACCAAGAGUCUCUAAUCUAAGGCCAGGAGGACUGGCAGCAAGGAGCGAUCAGCUAAAUGUUGGCGAUUACAUCAAGUCAGUGAACGGGAUUAACUUGACAAAAUUGCGACAUGAUGAAAUUAUAAGUCUGUUGAAGAAUGUGGGAGAAAGGGUAAUAUUAGAAGUAGAAUAUGAGCUACCACUAGCUGCCCCUGAUAAUAGUGCUGGCAUCAUUCCAAAAACCAUUGAAGUUACCCUCUAUAAAGAAGGCAAUAGUUUUGGAUUUGUACUACGAGGAGGAGCCCACGAAGACUGGCAUAAAUCCAGGCCAUUAGUACUGACUUAUGUUAGACCAGGUGGCCCAGCAGACAGAGAAGGGUCUUUGAAAAUUGGGGACCGGCUAUUGAGUGUGGAUGGGAUUCCUCUUCACGGCGUGAGUCAUGCUGAUGCACUAAACAUUCUGCGUCAGUGCAACCAGGAGGCCCUGUUCCAGAUUGAGUAUGACGUCUCCAUAAUGGAUAUGGUAGCCAAUGCGUCAGGCCCUUUGCUAGUGGAAAUUGCAAAGGCUCCCGGCUCUGCCCUAGGAAUCACAUUAUCAAUGAACACCCAUCGGAAUAAACAGGUCAUAAUCAUUGAAAAGAUCAAGCCAGCUAGUGUGGGAGACAGAUGUGGGGCUCUGCAUGUAGGUGAUCAUAUCCUUUCCAUUGACGGGACUAGCACAGAGCAUUGCUCCUUGUUGGAGGCCACCCAGCUGUUAGCAGCCACAUCAGAAACUGUUAAGCUAGAGAUACUCCCUGCUCACUACAGUAGACUUCCCCUCAAGCCUCUGGAUACAGUCAAAGUGCAGAAGAGCGAACACCACCACUGCUGGGAUCCUUGUGUCAGCUACUGCCACACCCACCAUCCAGGACAUUGCAAGACACCUACCUGGAAUCAGACAACCAGCCAGGACUAUUGUAAAUCUCUUGUAGCUUCCAACUUUGCAUCUCCCACCAUGAACACAUCAGGGUUGGCCUACCAGAAUUCCAAUACUCUACCUCGAAGCAAUCAUCCCAUGAGCCCACGGGCCACAUUGAUGAGGAGAAGACAGAGGAAGAAGGAGCACAAAAGUUCAUUAUCAUUAGCUUCCAGCACUGUGGGUCCUGGUGGGCAGAUUGUUCAUACAGAAACAACAGAGGUGAUUUUAAGAGGAGACCCCUUGAACGGCUUUGGACUGCAGCUCCAGGGUGGGAUCUUUGCUACCGAAACCCUCUCUUCGCCGCCUCUCAUCCGUUUCAUUGAGCCAGACAGCCCAGCAGAAAGGUGUGGCCUUCUACAAGUUGGAGACAGAGUACUUUCCAUCAACAGCAUUGCAACUGAAGAUGGGACAAUGGAGGAAGCCAACCAGCUGUUGCGGGAUGCAGCACUUACGAAUAAAGUUGUAUUAGAGAUUGAAUUUGAUGUGGCAGAAUCUGUCAUUCCAAGCAGUGGUACCUUCCAUGUGAAACUACCUAAGAAAAGGGGUGUGGAACUUGGGAUUACUAUCAGUUCAAGCAGAAAGUCUGGUGAGCCUUUAAUUAUCUCUGAUAUCAAGAAGGGGAGUGUAGCACAUAGGACUGGCACCUUGGAGCCUGGAGACAAGCUGUUAGCUAUUGAUAAUAUCCGACUUGACAAUUGCUCAAUGGAAGAUGCAGUGCAGAUUUUAAAACAGUGUGAAGAACUUGUCAAAUUGAAGAUCAGGAAGGAUGAGGAUAACUCUGAUGAGCAAGAAACCACUGGGGCUAUCAUCUACACAGUGGAAUUGAAGAGAUAUGGUGGGCCCCUGGGAAUCACUAUUUCAGGCACAGAAGAACCUUUUGACCCCAUUGUCAUUUCAGGCUUGACAAAACGAGGGCUGGCAGAAAGAACUGGAGCGAUCCACAUAGGAGAUCGAAUAUUAGCUAUUAAUAAUGUCAGCCUUAAAGGGAAGCCCCUAAGCGAAGCCAUUCAUCUACUCCAAAUGGCUGGAGAGACAGUAACGCUAAAAAUCAAAAAGCAAACCGAAAGGACUUUUCCUCAAAAAUCUGGGAGUAUGACUGAGGUUAGUGACCUAGAGGAUGAUUUGACUGAUUCUCAGAAAACUAGCAAGCUCUCUGAGGUGUAUUCCACCACGAUCCCUAGUGUGGAUAGUGCUAUGGAAUCCUGGGAUGGUUCGGGUAUUGACACAGGCUAUGGAAGCCAAGUGGGUACUUACUUGCCUCAGGCUGUCGGCAUUGCGCUUCAUCCCCAUGAAUGGAGAUCCAGCAGGCAGAAAAGCAGCACCCCUCCUGGAGACACCAGGAAGAGCUACCCUUUUACACACGGCGGUUUCAAUGAGGAAGACUGGGAGAAGCCGAGCAGAUAUCCCACCUGCCAAAAUGGCCUUGAGAUGCCACAUGAGGAUAAUUUUUGGCGCGUUUUUGGAGAAGCUUUGGAGGACUUGGAAACGUGCGGCCAAUCGGAACUUUUGAGGGAGAUUGAGGCAUCCAUCAUGGCUGGCAGUAUACAUAAUCUGAGCCUUGAUGGGGGCAAAUUGCCCAGGAACUCUGUGAACCAGUCAGGACUGAGCCCAGCAAGGAAAAGCAACCCCAAGAGCUCAGGUGAAGGGCAGGACAACAACAAUGUGACCCCUACUAAGAAUGACAAGAAUUUGGAGAUAAAGACAAUAAAGGAUGAGAUUCAAGAAAUCAUGUCUCCGACUCCUCUUGAGCUGCAUAAGAUGACAAUUUACAAGGAUCCCGAAACUGAAGACUUUGGGUUCAGUGUCUCUGAUGGCUUGCUAGAAAAGGGUGUCUAUGUGAAUAUGAUCCGUCCAGGUGGGCCAGCAGACCAGUGUGGACUCAAGCCUUAUGACAGAGUCCUCCAGGUGAAUUGCAUCCGUACAAGGGACUUUGAUUGCUCUCUGGCUGUUCCUCUGAUAUCUGAGGCAGGAAAUAAGUUGGACCUUGUAAUCAGUCGAAACCCCCUGGCUUUCAUUGCCAAUACUUGCCUACAGGAGCCAAGCAGCUUUCCAGACCAGCAGUCGGUUGGAGGGGAGGUAAAGACAAGCGCACAGACACUCUGAAGGACGGCUAGGUUUGGUGAUCUGCUCUUCUCAAGGUUCUGUGGGAGGAAAGGAAUUAAUGGGUGUCUGUUGUGUGGUGUGUGAGAGUUUUUUUGUUUGUUUGUUUGGGUUGUCGUUUGUUUUUUUUUGCACUCGUAUUUAUGCUUAAUCUACAUAAUGUCAGUUGCUGUGAAGAGAUGUUUCCUCUCCCCCAACCAAUCACAUUUUGAAGCCAACACAGCUUGGCUUUGAAGGUUCAAGCUGAGAUGGAGUGAACUAGUCAGCGAUGGAGCCAGUUGCUGACAGCAACUCCCAGAAUAAUUCACCCACAGGAGAACAUCCUUACUCAUCAUAUGAGUGUUUCCACUGCAUGGGUAAUAGAGCACAAGCUCUUCCCCAGUCUGUAAGGACUUGGAUACAUGGUGCUGUUUUUGUUUGUUUUGUUUAAUCAAGUGAAGUUAAUCUUAAAAUGGAUUUCGCCCCCUUUUUUUGUGUGUGUGAAAGACAUCCCUACAACACUCCUUGAGCCCCUUCUCCAGUUCCCCUGCACAUUCUCACAGAUCACUUAUCAGGAAUCUCUUUGACACUAAGUGCACAUUCUACUUUUGGAUUUAAUUUAAAAGGCAACCUGUUCCUCAAGAAGAUGAAGCUCUGACAAAUACCUUCCCCAUAAUUUAUUCUUUGGGAGAUACCAGAAAUACUUUUCACUUUCAAAAUCCUUCAUAAUUUAUUCUUUGGGUGGUAGCAGAAAUAUGUUUCACCUUUAAAACAUUGCCCAGCUUAAUUUCUUACUGAGUUUCUUACUCUCCAACCACCAUUUCUUGAAAGCACUUAUUGUAUAGCAUUGCACGGGGAACAUAAAGCCUCUUGGACCAGCUAUUUAUUUUUGAGCACAAACAGAGCCCCAAAAUUGUUCCCAGAUGUCCUCUCUGUAUACAGUUAUGAGUGGGCAGCUGAAUCACUUGCAUCAAUGUCUUCUCCCGCUUAAUGAUCUGUGUGGUGGUGGUGGUGGUGGAAGGAAUCUUGGUUACUCCGUAGCAUGAGACAGUGUCUCUAGAUUGAUAUUGUACCUCCAAGUACAUCCUCUGUGGAUUGCACCAGUGCAAUGUGUACAUUUGUUUAAUCCCACGAUGAUGCUUGACACUUUGUUGUAACCUAUCAGUAGCAGCAUCCCUGUGUUUUUCUACAAUUACCUUUUUUUUUCUUCUAUGACUUGUGAGCAUGAAGCCUUUGUAAACCAGGACUUUGCAUCAGCCUCCUGAGUCAAAUCCUCUUGUAGCACUGCUGUGUGUGAUAUUCACAUUCUUUCAAUUAUCUGCCUACAGUUAACAAUUUCAAAAGAAGCCAUGAUUUCUUCAUUUCAAAAGGGGAAAAUGCCAGGAUUUGUGGUUUCUCCCUGGCCAGUCCACUAGUGGGCUCUGGAACCACUCUUUAUUGUGAUUAUUUAAGUUGACCUUUACUUGGGAAUUUAGUUCAUUGAAUGGGAAAACUAGCUCCUCUCUUCCUUUCUAAUAGUUUUAAUUUUGAUAUCUAUUUUCUACUGUUUUGGUUCAUAUUGAGAUACCAUGCUUUUGUCAAGAUUGGAAACACCCGUUAGAUGAGUCCACUGAUCCAAGGUGGUUUCUGGUCUGAACCCAGCCCAAGCUGUGAGCAUAUAUAUCUUUUUUUGCUAUUUCACAGCACUGCUCUCUCUCUGUGACUUUCUUAUCAAGAUGUGCAUGAGUCUUAUUGGGCUGUCUCUAGCUGUAGCCAUUCUCUCUUCUCAAAGUAUGCAAUAUUCCAUACCAUUGCUGCCAUAAUCUAGAUAAUGUGCCAUAAAAGAAACAAAAAAAAAUAUUGAUGGAUGUGUGAAAAAUGGGGGUUUUAUAUGCAAUAUUCUCAUAAUGGCAGAAGCUCCCUGUGGCUUCAAUUAGGUUUUUAAUGAAGACUUUUAAUAAGGCUUUAAAAAUGGUCCUUGUAUCCCUUCCUAUGCAUUUUGAAUGAUAUAAAAAUGAAAUGCAUUAAAUGUGUAUUUUUAUCCAUAUAUUAGAGUGUAUUCCUGUACAAAGUAUUUUUAUAUGCUAAUUUUCUUAUGUAUCUAUGAAAGCACAAUAUUCAAAGAAUAUUUUAGUCCUGUUUUGGACCUAUUUGUAAAUCUGUGUAUUUAAAUGGUAUUACAAUUCCUUAGAUUUUUUUUAAAUUAAAUAAAGCAAAAUAAAUUA